CACAGAAGUCAGCAAGUAAUAGUGUUCUGUGGAAAAUCUAUGUGUAUUGUGUACACCUAAAAAUGUUAAAAUAAAAAUAUAAAUUGCUUAUAUAUAAUAGCAAUGAGGCAUGAGCGGAAUACUUCGAUGUUCAUUUAGUAUAUUUUUAAUUUAAUUUUGUAUUAAAGGAAAAGAUGAUGCUAUGUUUAUCCCGUGCUACACGUUUAGUCCGAUUGAUAACAAAUACAUCUUCAAAAUAUCGGUGCAAAGCAGAUGAUGUUUCAGCGUCAUUUGAAAGCAGAAUUAAGACAGGACCAGGGUUAAAAGAUUUUAUAAUAACACCUGAAACUGAAAUCGUUACUCAUCCACCAUACAUACCUUAUUUGCCUGAUUUUAUUCAGGAUACAUCUAAACGAAAAGUUUUCUUUGAUGUAUAUGGAUGUCAGAUGAAUUUAAACGAUACCGAAAUUGUUUGGUCAAUUUUGAAGAAAGAGGGGUUUGAGAAAACUGCUGUCGAAGAGGACGCUGAUAUAUUCCUUGUUAUGACUUGUGCUAUCCGAGAAGGAGCUGAGACUAAGAUAUGGCACCGAUUAGAUCAUUUAAGAGGUUUUAAAAGAAGACGAGCACUAUCUAAAAAUAGAGAUAGACCUGUAAAGAUUGGCAUUUUAGGUUGUAUGGCUGAAAGGCUAAAAGAGAAGUUAAUUGAUAAAGAAAAGGCUGUUGAUCUUGUGGCAGGUCCUGACAGCUACAGAGACCUACCAAGACUUCUAGCACUCACAGAAAAUGGGCAAACAGCUGUAAAUGUACUGCUUUCUCUUGAUGAAACAUAUGCAGAUGUUGUUCCAGUUAGGUUAAACAAGGAUAGUGUGUCAGCAUUUAUUUCAAUAAUGCGUGGUUGUGAUAACAUGUGUACAUACUGUAUAGUUCCUUUCACUAGAGGUCGAGAAAGGUCUCGCCCAAUAGACUCUAUUGUAGAAGAAGUUAGACAACUGUCAGAACAAGGAGUAAAGGAGGUGACUCUUUUGGGUCAAAAUGUGAACAGUUAUAGAGACACCACACAGCAAACUGAAAAAUAUGACACACAAUUGGCUAAAGGUUUCAAAACAGUGUACAAAAGUAAGAAAGGAGGGCUACGCUUUGCAGAUUUGUUGGACAAAGUGUCGUCUGUUGACUCUGAGAUGAGGAUAAGGUUCACUGCAGCUCAUCCCAAAGAUUUUCCUGAUGAGGUGUUACAAGUGAUAAGAGAGCGUCCGAACAUCUGUAAGAUGUUGCAUCUUCCAGCUCAGUCUGGUUCCAGCAGUGUGCUGGAGCGAAUGCGGCGAGGGUACACGAGGGAGGCCUAUCUUUCCUUAGUGAGACAUGUCCGGGAUAAUAUACAGGGUGUGGGCCUCUCGACGGACAUGAUCUGUGGCUUCUGUGGUGAAACAGAUGAGGAGUUCGAAGAAACCUUGACGCUCAUGGAAGAAGUGGAUUACAAUGUCGCCUUCCUCUUUCCCUACAGCAUGAGAGAGAAAACGGCUGCUUACCGUCGAUACGAAGACGACGUUCCCGAACAAAUAAAGAAAGAGCGCCACAACAGGAUGGUCGAGCUCUAUCGACGGAAAUGUGAGGAAAUAAACAGAAAGGAAAUCGGCAACUCUCACCUCGUCUUGGUCGAGGGGAUCGCCCCGAAGUCGGGGAAGAUAUUGGGCAGAAACGAAUUUUACCUCAAAGUGUUGUUCGAUCAGAGAGAAAUCCCGUCAAGCGAGGGCACGAGGGAGGUGAAGCCGGGGGAUUACGUUAGUGUUAGAAUAAAUGCGGCUAAGGCGUCGGUUUUCCACGGAGAAGCCCUCUGUCAUAGCAGUAUUGAGGAGUUUUAUAGGAACACGAGUUGGGCAGAGAGACAGAACAUGUAAUUUUCUGUCAUCAUGAAUCAUUGUAAUUAAACAUGAGUCAAAGUGGAACAUCCUGUAUAUUAUACACAGGUAUUUUUUGUAUUACAUUGUCAAGAAAUGCGAGAUAUAAAAAUGUAGAAAUUUAUAUAGAAUUGUAAUAAAAAGUGGAAUGUCCUGUUUAUAAUAUAACUUUGAUUCUUCCUUAUGCGCAAGUUGAUUGUAGAACUAACUUUGUAUGUCUUUUUGUGUGAAAAAUGAAUUGUUACAGGCGUUGAUAGAACGCCCGACUUUAAGAUUGAGAAUCUAUCGCAAUAAUAAGAAAAUACCAAGUUUUUCGUUAUUGUAACAUUUUAGAAUAAAUGUGCUACAAUUUUUUUUUGUUGCAAGAUGCCCAAAGUUCAAGAACAAAUAAAUAAGGAUAGAAGUUCUCUUAAAGUCCAUAAAAUGGCAAAACUCUUUAUGAUUUUGUAGAUACGUUUAUGUAUAUCAAAGUAGUCUGAUUGUUUGAAAUGUUGUAUAAAUAAAAUCUAUUCCAAAAUU